AUGGAUAUUCAAAAGACUCCAUUAAAGAUAAAGACUCCGAAUAGAUCAUCUAAUGAAAGUGUCAAUACUUCAAAUGCUGCUGCUACUAGAACUCAACGUCAAUUAAGUCAUUUGAAUUCUCAAGUUGCUCAAUUACAUGCUAAUAUAUGUGAUUUUAAUGAACAAAUUGCGAUUACAACAAGACAAUAUCAAGAUAUUCAAACAUUGGGUAAAAUACAUGGAAGUUUAUUUAUGGCUUCUCGUACUGUUUUUGAAAAUGAUAAUUUCGACGCUGAUGGNAAAUACAUGGAAGUUUAUUUAUGGCUUCUCGUACUGUUUUUGAAAAUGAUAAUUUUGAUGCUGAUGGAGAUCAACAAGAGGUUUCAAAUUGAUUUGACCUCAAUGGGCUUUGCAAUCAAAACAUCAAGUCCAGAGUAA